GCACAGCCGUGUAUCCUUCCGCAGGCGCGGGCGCUCGCGGUGUGAAAGGGCGGACGUGAUGAGGCUGCGGACUACGUGAAGGGGCGGGGAGGAAGCGGCUGGCGAGUGGGCGAAGGUAACUAACUACAAAUAAUCCAUCAUCAUAAAUAUUGGAUUUGUUUUGCGCUUUGCAAGAGAUGGGACAGUUUAAUCUGAAUUGGACUUAAAGUCACAAUAAUCAAACAAUUCACUCAAAUAUUUGUUGGGAAUAAAUGGAAAAGUAUGAAAAGCUUGCAAAAAUUGGUGAAGGAUCUUACGGAGUAUUGUUCAAAAGCAGAAACAAGGAUACAGGACAAGUUGUCGCCAUCAAGAUAUUUGUGGAGUCAGAAGAUGAUCCCUUGAUAAAGAAGAUAGCUAUGAGAGAAAUCCGCAUGUUAAAGCAAUUAAAACAUGAUAACUUAGUGAAUCUUCUUGAAGUGUUCAGGAGAAAACGUAAAUUGCAUCUGGUGCUUGAGUACUAUGAUCACACUGUGUUAAAUGAGCUGGAGAGGUAUCCCAGAGGGUUACCAGAAGCAAUGGUUAAAAACAUCAUGUGGCAAAUGCUUCAAGCUAUUAGCUUUUGCCAUAAACACAACUGUAUUCAUCGAGAUGUCAAGCCAGCAAACAUUCUGAUUACUAAACAAGGGAUUAUCAAGCUGUGUGACUUUGGAUUUACCAGGAUGCUAAAUCGCUGGGAUGAUUACGCUGACCAUGUAGCGACCCGGUGGUAUCGAGCACCUGAACUACUUGUGGGAGAAAGUCAGUAUGGGGCAGCAGUGGACAUCUGGGCUCUUGGUGCUGUCUUUGCCGAACUUGUGUCUGGGCAGGCAUUGUGGCCCGGGAAAUCAGACCUGGACCAAAUCUACUUUAUAAUAAGGACCCUGGGUAAACUUAUCCCAAGACACGAGCAGGUAUUCCAGAGCAAUCAACGUUUCCUGGGUGUAUGUAUACCUGAGGCAGAUCCUGAGGACUUGGAACCUUUAGAAGAGAAGUUUCCAAACUUAAACCCUCAGGCCCUGCUUUUCAUGAAGAAUUGUUUGGAAAUUGAUCCAGCGGUCAGAUGUAACUGUGAAGAGUUGAUUGAAAACCCCUAUUUUGAUAUAUAUCGAGACGAAAAUGAGAAAUCCAAACAGUGGUUUGAUGGCUGGAAUCGAAAAAGGCAGCAGCUUCUGCCUCAGCUCCCUGGUAAUAAUGGUUCUCCAGCACCAGAUCCCAGGAAGCAGGUUCGUCACCAGCAGUAUGAUCACCUGCCCACCAUCUAACAUACCCCAUCACUUCAGAAUGGUCCUGAAGUGAAGGAGAAAUCUCAGUGAAAUGUGGUCACAAGAUUUGUAUAUGACUGAAGUGUCUUUAUGGAUGUUACUUCGUGUUGUGUUAUAUUCUGUAAAUUUGAUUCUUGUAUUUUAAAACAAAGUUUUGUAUUUAGCUCUUGUUUGUGUUUCUUAAACUCAAAAUUUGGUUAUUUUAAACAUGGCAAUAAAAGAGUAAAUUAAAUGCC